CACACACAUUUUUUUUUUCUCCCACACGCCAACCUCAAGAAAACACACUUUAAAUGUACACCACAGCAGUCUGUGGUCCCUUGGCGGAUGCUCAUUUUGAUUUAAACACUUCUGCUUUUGUGAGUCGGCAUAGAUAUAAAGCCAAGAGGAGGAGAAAUAUUAGAACAACAGCUUAAAAGACACUUGGAGGCCUGUUCAUGAUGACCUGUCUGCAUCAAGCCACAUAGAGGGGAAACAGCCGUCCUCCAGGCAGCAGAGGCGAGAUGAUGCGACCGGGAGCUCAGCAGUAUGUGGUGGCCAGGCCGCUGUACUCGGAGGACUCCUUCGCAGAGGACCACGAAAAGGUGUACAGGCACCACAAGAGCAUACUGGACCACCUCAAGCAGUACUUCACGUGUGAUGCCAAACGGGCUAAGAAUGCAGCUCUGUCUCUCCUGCCAGUCAUCGGCUGGAUGAAGAUCUACAGAAUCAAAGAGUGGCUGCUCAGUGACAUCGUGUCUGGUAUCAGUACUGGACUUGUAGCUGUCCUGCAAGGUCUGGCCUACUGUCUGCUGGCUUCUUUGCCACCCUGGUACGGACUCUUCUCCGCCUUCUUUCCUGUUGUCAUUUACUUUUUCUUGGGCACCUCCAGACACAUCUCCGUUGGUCCAUUCCCAGUCUUAUGUCUGAUGAUCGGAUCAGUGGUCACCCGGUUGGUUCCAGACGAGGGUCCGCCCCUCAACAUCACGGGCUUUGAGGGCCUGACCAGAGAUGAGCAGAGAGUGUUGGUAGCUUCUUCUGUGUCCUUCCUCGCCGGCAUCAUGCAGCUUGCCAUGGGUGUUCUGCAGGUGGGCUUUGUUGUCAUGUACCUGUCUGACACUCUGGUGUCUGGCUUCACCACAGCAGCUGCUGUGCACAUCCUGGUGUCUCAGCUCAAGUUUGUCUUAGGGUUGACCGUUCCAGGCAUCAGUGGACCACUGUCUAUCAUAUAUACCCUGGAGAUCAUCUUCAAUAAGAUCACCUCUACUAAUGUGUGCGACGUGGUGAUCUCCCUAGUGAUCAUGGUGGUGGUGUUCAUUGUGAAAGAGCUAAAUGACAGAUUCAAAUCAAAGCUGCCAGUGCCUAUCCCCAUAGAGGUCAUCAUGACUGUCAUUGCAUGUGGAGUUUCAUACGCAUUUGACUUCAAGACAAAAUAUGGCAUUGAUGUUGUUGGCUCUAUUCCAAAAGGGUAUGAAGCUCCAAUGCCCCCCAACCUGCACAUCUUCAAGGAGACAACGGUGGAAGCAUUUCCUAUGGCCAUAGUGGGUUUUGCUGUUGCAUUCUCUGUGGCAAAAGUCUAUUCUGUAAAACAUGAUUACACCAUAGAUGGAAACCAGGAGCUGAUAGCUUUUGGAGUCAGCAACAUCUUUGGAGCGUCCUUCAAGUCUUUUGCUGCAAGUACAGCUCUUUCCAGGAGCGCAGUGCAGGAGAGCACAGGUGGCAAGACUCAGGUAGCAGGUUUUCUGUCAGCUCUCAUAGUGAUGAUCGUCACAUUGGCCAUUGGAUUCCUCCUGGAGCCGCUCCCAAAGUCUGUGCUGGGUGCUGUGGUCAUUGUCAACCUGAAGGGCAUGCUGAUGCAGGUUAGAGAAGUCCCCUACCUGUGGAGAAGGGACAAGCCAGACUGUGUGGUGUGGAUGGGUACCUGUGUUGCAGCCAUCUUGCUGGGGCUGGACCUUGGACUGGCUGCAGGUCUCGGAAUAGAGCUGAUCAGUGUUGUCCUCAGGACUCAGUUUCCUCGCUGCAGUGUGCUGGCCAACAUUAAAGGAACUGAUAUCUACAAAGACAGAAAGGAUUAUAUCAAUAUAUAUGAGCCAGAUGGGGUGAAGAUCUUCAGGAUACCAUCACCAAUCUUCUUUGCCAACAUUGAGUUCUUCAGGAGCAAGUUGGUGGAAGCUCUUGGAUUCAACCCGUUGCGAGUGUUGAGAAAGAGAAAUAAAGCGCUGAGGAUGAUCCGGCGGCUUUUAAAGAGGGGAGAUCUUCAGUAUACAGCAAGAGGCUUCCAAAAUACCUCCUGUGGACCCAUCAAGGAGUCAGAGGAUAAGAGCAACAUGGAGGAGCUAGACCUGCCGACUGACUUCAAGGACCUUCCUGCCCGGAUUGACUGGAGCGCCGAGCUUCCUGCCAAUAUCGUUGUUCCCAGAGUGGACAUCCAUAGCCUGAUCCUGGACUUUGCUGCCGUCUCUUUCCUAGACAUCUCUGGUCUGAAGGGACUCAAAACAGCAUUGAAAGAGCUGAUCAGGGUUGAAGUUGACGUCUACAUUGUGGCUUGUGAUACUUACAUUCUGCAGAAAUUGCAUGACUGUUGCUUUUUUGAUGAUGAAGUCCAGCCAUCAAUGUUCUUCCUGACACUGCAUGAUGCUAUGCUGCACGUCCUUGAGAAACACCCCGACUCUACAGAAAAGAAAUUGGACCAUGAAAGGAUUAUAACAACAGUUACAGUUCACCACCCUGGAGGCAGUGUAAGGAACAGAGAUAGAAGUGUUCCAGACCCAGAAACCAGGUUCUAACUUCUGAAUGAGGAGAUGGUGAUUUCUGGGAGAAAACACCAAAAAGACCAAAGACAAAAAGAGUAAAUGUUUUACAGAUCAUGCUGUACAAUACAUUGAUGUAGUUAAUAAUGAGAUACUGCUUUUGACUUUAUACAUCUGACAAUCUAAGUUUACACAUACAGUAUUGACUGUAAUGUAAGAAAACUAAUUUCAUGGUAUUGAUGUUUUUUUAUACUGUAUAUAGUGAAUUUGUAGAAAUUUUAGAUGCAGUAUAUUUUACAUGUUGUAUAUAUAUUUUCAUAAUAAUAAGAAUAAAUUAACUUCUUGCUGUUUUCAACUGUUUUCAAAAAAAUAUUCUUUGUUUGGGACCGAAGCAAUGUGACAUAGACUGAAUGUACAAUGGCCGAAUUAUUGAAAUAAACAUUUUACCACUCUAAA